CUUAAGAAUAACAUAUCCUUAAGAACGGUGCAAAAUAUAUGCGAUUAAGCUCUCAUUUUACUCCAAACUUUGAUCAAAACAGUGAUGGCGUCUUGAAGAAUUUGUACUAUACGUUCGGCGCGAACUCAGUCAAAUACCAAUGGCCUUCCAAACAUUUUCCAGUGCCUGUAUCGUUCGAAGACUCGUUAUUGCAAUUGCAAGUGUAAGAAAGAAAACAACUUGUAAAGUGUUGGUACGUAAUUCAACAAUGAGUAAACAUGUUUUAGGAUGCAGUGGUUUGACAAGAAGUGACCAAGAAAGUUUUAAACGAAGCGAUUUCUACGUUCAAAUAUUCCGGAGGAGCAGAGAAGAAGCAAAUAAACAAACAACACAGUUACUCGAGAUUGCAGAAGUCUUGUGCAAAGAGGAUUCUAAGAACUCUCAAAGGAAAGGAAAUGUGUUUAAAAAGCUGGCUCCACAGAUAGAAAAGCAUGUCUUUGACGGACUACAAAAGGACAUUUGUGUUAAUCUUUGGGAAGAAGCAGCUGAACACGUUUACGGAACGACCACAAACUAAUUUAAAAUCUUCAAACGGUGGCUAGUCAAGCGAUAUUUUUUAAAAACAAUAUAACAUUUUUUGCUGUGCUGCUUUCAAUUUGCUGCGGUUGAAUUAAUUAGUCUUGAUGAGUUCAGUCCAGUGUGAGGCUUAAAAGUCAGUCGCCAUCAUCUUAACCAAGUUUUUUUGAGCUGCAUUCGGUAAAGAUGCCGCUUUACCAGGUUAUUGAAUGUAUCGAAUUAAUUGUUUGAUGCGAAAUAAGACGUUUGUUUAUAAAUUAAAUAAUCAUU